AGUUUGAAUAAAAUCGAUAUUAUAUUUAAUUUGUUGGAUUUACCUAAAUAAAUGUGUUUUGAAUGUGUAGAGUGACAAAAUGCGGCGAACUUACAAGUCUAAAAAGGAGACGGGCAGCGGCCUGGACCACAGAGAUGUGCUGUUUAACAUGGAUGAGAAGAGCUCUGCUUUUGACGCAUUUUACAUUUCAAAUAUAAAACAGACUAAGCGGGAACAGUCUUGUAUGGGUUCCUCUAAUAAUUACGGAGUGGCUUCUAACAAAGUUCGUAAGAGAAAGUAUGUUAAAAGGAUAGUUAAAGAAGUUGAACCACCGCCGAGGGAGUCACUUUCGGAAUCAGUAUUUCUUACUCCAGAUAAGUCCAUACGAGUAAAUAGGGCUCCUGAUCUGUUUGACCAGCUCCUGAACUCUUCGCCCGCGGUGUCGGUCACAAAACAGCCGAAGAAAGAAGACUUGUUUGACAAACUAUUGGCUGGCACGCCUAAAGAAAGAAAGAAAACUUACACAAGAAAGAAACCUACCAUGAAAAAGUUUCAUUAUUCUACUAAUGAAAGUUCAGAAUCAGAUAAAGAGAAUUCCAAAAAGGGAGAAAAUUCCAUACAAAAUUCGACAGAUAUAAAGUCUUAUGAACUGAUUAUUGAGAAACAGGCUACACCAAAUGUGAAAGUUGACGAAUCCAUUAACAAUAUAGUGAAAAAAUUGUCGCUUAUAAACAAUUUAAAUCGAAAUUCCAUUGGGUCAAUUAAAAAAACUUUCAAAUGUAACAAAAAUAGAUUGACUAGAAAUGUGCAAUCUCCAUCUGUAAAAACAUCUCCUUUAUGUAGUACACCGUUUAUUGAAAAAUAUAGAGGCAAAUCAAUUUACCGAUUCUCACCAAUACCUAUGGGAGACUUAGAAGAGAGCCCUAACUAUGUGACUGUUGUAGAAGAUGAUGAGGCUAAUAAAAGUAUAGUAUUUGUGCCUAAACACAACAAUAAUGCUCUAAAAAGGUCACAAAAUGAAGAUAUGACUUCACCAGUCACACAUCUACAAGUUGAUAAUUUUCCAAAACAUACUGGAAGUAGCAGCAAAUCUUUAUUUUCAUCUGUAGAAGGACACAGCAAUGAUAAUGUAGAACUGGGUAAAGAAAAUCCUACUUCGAAAAGUUGUGAAGAUAAAGAAUUGCCCAAUAUCCAAAUAAGUUCUCUACAAGUUAGUGAAACAGAACCAUUUUUAGGGUUUUCUAAUGAAACUGUAGAUAAAGUUAAUAAUUUAGAAUUUGAAAUUGGAGAAGAGAGAGAUAACUCUAUUAUAUUGUCAAAAACAAAUAUCUCACAACAUAGACAGAACAUAAAAGCAUUUGAAGGAAAACAUGAAGUUAAUAGUAGCAUUUCUCAAGAUUACAUGAACAAUAUAGAAAUAAAUGAAUCUUCAAUAGAAUAUUCUGUUCCACCUCAACCUUUCAUUGGUUUCACUAAAGAGGCUAAUAAUAAAUGUGAUACUAUGAAUCUUGUAGUUGUAGACAAUACAAUGCCUAGUGAACCAUUCUUAGGAUUCACUGAAGUUGAAAAUAACAAUAGUUUUAAUAUAAAUAAAAAAGAUUUAGUUCAAAAUGCGAGUGUUUCCUCCAAUCACCAAGAGGAUUUAAUUGAAAGUGAAAACAUUGAUUCUGAUCAGCAAGAAAACACAGACAAUGUUUCACAAGAGUUUACAGAUGAUGACAGACAGUCUCUUUAUGACACUUGCUGCAACAGUGAUACAUCUUUAAAUGGAGAAAAUAAAGCUAAGGAACCUAAAGUUGCACUGGAAAGAAUGCAUCAGUCCCUAUUCCAAAAAUAUUUUGAGAAAAUGGCAGAUUUUGACUCUGAUGAUGAACAGGUUGUUGUUGAAGAAGAAAAUGAAAUUUCAAGUGGUUAUUAUGCUAGUUUUAACAAUUCUGACGAAAGUAGUGAGCAAAAUGAUCCAAAUAGUAGUCAGUCCUCAAAUAUUGAACAAAAUAAUACUUCUAGUGAAGAUUUAUCUAGCGAAAAUAGUUCUUUUAAUAAUAAUGAGAUAACCAUUCAAGAAAGAAGUAGGAAGAGUACUGAUGAAGACAGAUGUAUUAGUUUUGUUACAACAAGGAGAAGAAAUGAGUUUACAAAUAAUUCCACAAUAUUAGUGCUGGAUGACUCUCAAGACAGUGCUAAUAGUACUGAUUGUGAUAAGACUGUACUUAGUAAUAAUGAUGAUAAUUUAGUCCAUAGUUCUAAGCAUGUUGUAAAUAAAGACUGUAUAGACUUUAAUAUAGACGAAGAUGUUAAACUAGUAGAUAAAAAUAAAAGUCCUGUAAAAAUUGAGUCUAAACAAGAAGAUAAUACAGUAUCAAAUAUUACAACACGAGAUUCCAGAUUGUUUAGCGGAAGUGAGACUCAUAACAACAGCAAUGAAUCUGGAAUUAAUACAGGAAUUAUACUUCAACCCGGGAAAAAAUGGGAAAGAUCUCUUAGUAUCUACAGAAGAAUGACAACAAUGAAUGAUCAUUUCGAUCAAUCUAUUCUAGAAGAAGAGGAUAUGCACACAAAAGGCAGGAAAUAUAGACAAAGUGUUAUAGAAACCAUGGAAAUGCAGGAUCAUAAAGGUUUACUACAUAAUGAAUCAAAUCAUAAUCGCAGAAGUACUUUUGUGUCUAAACCGAGUAGAUCAACGAUCCGAAUUCUGAAAGAAACCAAUAAUUCAAGAAUUAGUCUAAGCAGUACUACAGUAUUUGAUGACUUGAAAGGAUUUCUCGAAGACUGUGAUGAUACGAUUGUCGAAUUAUCGAAGCUCUCGAUCACCGAAGAUCCCGAAGUAACUGUCCUAGACAAGUUUCAUGAGUCGACGCGGAUUGCUACAGCUCGGGACUGCGUGUUGCGACGCUGCAAUCAAACUGACACGCUUCUGUUUGAUGAAUGCUAUCCCGAUACGGUCCUGAAGAACUGCCGCAAGAUCGGCGAGGGCGUGUACGGCGAGGUGUACUUGUGGCGGGCUCCCGAUGGGCGCGCGCGGGUUAUGAAGAUAGUCCCCAUCGCCGGACUCACCAAGGUCAAUGGGGAGCACCAGAAGGACUUCCACGAGAUCAUCUCUGAGAUUGUGAUUGCUAUGGAAUUGAGCGCCCUGCGCGCUCCCAUAGCAGAAAUUGAAUGCCAUUUGGAUGAGGGGAAGGACAUCGAAGCUUUGGACUUGCACGCUGUAGAGAACGCCACGGACGUCUUCAAUGAGGUGUUGGCAGUGAGGUGCGUAUACGGCGGCUACCCGUCGCGGCUGUUGGACCUUUGGGAGCUGUAUGACGAGUGCAAGGGCUCUGAGAACGACAACCCGGCGAUACUACCGCCAGACCAGCAGUACAUCGUGUUGGAGCUCGCCAACGCCGGCCAGGACCUCGAGAGCUACCAGUUUAACUCCGCUGAGCAGGCGUAUGCGCUGUUCUUGCAGGUAGCAUUCGCUUUGGCAGUGGGUGAGGAGUCGUUCCAGUUCGAACAUCGAGACUUGCAUUGGGGGAACGUGUUGAUUGCACCUACUGAUCAGAAGUUCGCGACGUUCGUGAUCCGCGGGCGCGCGCACCGCGUGGCGCGGCGCGGCGUGGCGGCCACCAUCAUCGACUACUCGCUGUCGCGGCUGGCGCUGCCGCUGGCGCGGGCCGGGGACGCCGCUGCGCUCUACAACGACCUGGCGCACGACGACGGCCUGUUCAGCGCGCUCGGGGACUACCAGUUCACCGUGUACCGCCUCAUGCGCGACAAGUUGGGAAAUGAUUGGAAGAAUUUCGAGCCGUACACAAACAUUCUCUGGUUGCACUACACUGUAGAUAAGAUGAUAACGGCCCUCCGCUACAAGAGGACCAAUACAAAGACGCACAAGCAGUACAUCGCCAAGCUGAAGGGAAUCAAGGAGCGUAUACUCAACUACGGCAGCGCGGUGCAAUUCGUCCUCACAGACAACGAAUAUUAAACGAACAAAUUAUGAUAUUACAUCAUAUAACAUUUAAAAUUUACACAUUUUAAUUAUUAGUAAUAUUUCAAUAUGGUAGUCACUGUUUGUUCUAAAUAUAACUCUCACUUGACAAUGACAUGCAUAAAUUAUAAUGUAAAUAGAGUUUGCUUUGAGUUUGUUAUAGACGCUAAAAGAAUAAUUUACAAUAUUGUUGCCGCAUUAGAAAGGUUUCGGCGAAAAGGUGCCUUCGUAGAUAAGGUAGUGCCUUUGUUCAAAAUAAUAAAUUCAUAUAUUGUGUUCAAA